AUGUCAAAUAGUAAUAAAAAAAAGAAAAAAGAAACUCAACCAACUGAACUUUACUUUGAGAGGCAAAGGAAAAAACUGUGUGGACUUCAUUCUUUAAAUAAUUUUUUUCAAUAUCAAAAGUUUACACAAAAGGAUAUGAAUGAUAUAGCAUAUGAAAUUGAUAUAACCAAUAGAUUUAUUAACCCACAUAAAAGUGUAUUAGGUCUUGGUGAUUAUGAUGCAAAUGUAUUAGUAAAAGCCCUAACUAGCAAUGGAUAUGAUAUACAAUGGUUUGAUAAAAGAGAAAAAAUUGAAGAUUUGAAUUUAGAUGAAAUACAUGGUAUUUUAAUAAACACAAUUUCAUUUAGAAUAUUUUCACUCUAUGAGGCAAGACAUUGGUUCAUUUUAAAAAAUAUGAAUCAAAUAAAGAUUAAAUCAGAUCUUGAAAAUAAUAAUAAUAAUAAUAAUAAUAAUAAUAAUAACAAUAAUAAUAAUAAAACGAUAUCACCAAAUACAAAAACAGCAACCUCAAAUUCAGAAAUAGACCAAAACUCAUCAAUAGAAAAUUUACAAAAACCUUUUAGCUAUGUACUUUUUAAUUCUUCAAAUUCUAGUCCACUACCAAUUGAAACAAAAGAAAAGGUUUUAAGUUAUCUAGGUUACAUAUUAAAUUAUAGCAAUGCAGAAUUAAUAUUAAUAAAGUAA